AUGCUCCUCGACGAUCUAGUUGUUUUUAUUGAUCCGCUUUCUUCAAUUGUUGUCCCGUCAAAUGUUAUUCCUGAACUUCAAUCAAAACCACCAUCAAUUCCAUUUUCAUCUAUCCGUAAUACCAGUCAAUCAUUAAUACCAGUUGCCGAUUUAUUAGCUGUAUUAUCUACAUCGACCAUACCAUCUACCUGCGACGUUCCAUCUUCGACUAAUAACGUUUUUAAUAUUUUCUCACCUCGACAUACUCUAGUUCGUAAACAAGCUGAAGGAAAUUAUUUGGAUACAGCGAACAAAAAAAGAAAAAAGUACGACGAACACCUCAAUAAUUUAGUCGAACAGUUCAAAUUACGUGAUUGCGUUGGUAUUCCAAUACAUUCUGUUGAUCGUACAAAUACCGAUGCCAAAUUACUUCCGUGCUUGAUUAUUGCAAAAGAAAAAAAAGGUGACGAUGUUGGAUUUCGAUUGGCUUGCCAGUGUGGUGAAAUACAAAAUUGGUACACAGUAGAAUCACUUGUUGAUUUGAGAUCUUCAUGUCCAUCUCAAUUAAAAUCUAUAGACAUUAAUAAUCUGGAUGGAAUAACAUUUAUCGAAGCAUGUAAAUUA